CUUUCGACGCUCUGACUUUUAUCAUUUAAAGCCAGCAUUUGAAGUCAGGUACUGAGCGCACCUCUGCUGCUUAUCUUACUGCUGUGCCAGUUUCAGAGAUCAGUGAAGGACUUCAGUUGUGCAGAAACCACUCUGUUCUGUGGAACUGCACUCCAGUAUUUGACCUUUUGGAGGCACUAUGGAGCCUGACGUCUUUGAGUAUCACAAAGAGACUGUGGGCAUUGAUAUUUUUCCAGGGGAGAAGACGAAGGUCAUUCACGGAAAAUCUCUACAAGACCCGAAAUUUGAAAAGCUAAAGGAGGCUUUGAUUCAUUGGAUCAAUAGCAUUUUGAAACCAGAGAACAUUGUGGUUCAGAGUCUGCAGGAGGAUCUGUUUGAUGGACUGGUGCUUCAUCAUCUGCUGGCCAGGUUGGCUGGUGUGCAGCUGUCUGUGGAAGACAUAGUAUUGACCAGUGCUGGUCAGAUCCACAAGCUGGAGGUCAUCCUAGAGGAACUGGACAAGAGACUUGGCCUGCAGGGCACCAACAAUACCAAGUGGAAUGUAAAACUCAUCCAUGACAAAGACCUUCUAGCCACUGUUCAUCUGCUGGUUGCCAUGGUGAGAUGUUUUCAGCCUGAAGUGUAUUUGCCUCAGGAUGUGACGGUUGAAGUUAUAGUUGUGGAGGUCACCAGAGAAGGACUCAAAUCAAAUGUACAGAUAGAGGUCCUAACAGAAAAAAGUGUUGGAGGUGCAGGUUCCCUCAGUGAUCCCGACAGAGAUGAUCCCAUUGAGCGACUUCUAAAGCUCGAGCCUCACAAGGUCAACACGGUGAAGAAGGCCAUUUCACACUUCAUCAAUCAGAACAUGUCCAAAUUGGGUUUACAGGUGACUGACGUGGAUAAACAGUUUGCUGAUGGUGUGAUUCUGCUGCUGCUGAUUGGACAGUUGGAGGGCUUCUUCAUCCCUCUCUAUGAAUUCAAUCUGACCCCAUCCAAUCACUCUGAGAUGAUCCAUAAUGUGACCCUGGCAUUGGAUCUCCUUAAUGAGGCCGGCUGUCAAUUGUCCAGUGUCGAACCACAAGAUAUCAUCUCUCAGGAUGUUGCUGCCACCUUGAAGGUCCUGUAUGCACUGUUCAAGAAGCACAAGGGGAGUGUGAAAUAGAGCCAAAGCUGAAGAUAAGUGGAGUCUUGGACCAAACUUUGAUUCUUCCUGUCUGCGAACUCUUGCAAAUCCUGCACAUCCAAUUAUUUGAAUGGCACAGCUGACAGCAUUUUAGACAUUUCACCAAUGCUCUCAUCCAAGCUGUUUUAAAGUAUGUGAGGGAAAAUGAACAUCGGCGCUUUAACAACUCAUGAGGAACUGUGCAUAGCUGAUUAAAAAGUAAUAUGCUGUUGCCUGCAGACAUCUUGUUGACAGUAUAAGGACAAUUAAAGUUUAAAGUCAGCAUAGAUAA